GCCAAGAAAAUGGAGUUAUUUACCUUUGAUUUCAAAUUGCUGUUUUAGGCUCACUCUGUGAGUUAUCGUACUGAUUCUUUCUCUUGUUUGGUUUGUGAGAAAGCAGUGGAAAAGAAAAAGAUACUUCAAAAUUUUAAUAUUAUUUCAUUUUCGCGUGGCCCGCUGUAAAAUGAACUUCAUUUAGUGGAGUUAUCCAGACUGAGGCAGCUAUUUCAUGGUAUUUGAUUUGAGGGCUCUGUUUUUCCAUAGUAUAUAGGGAUGGCACUGGAGCCCGACCAAGCUUCGGUGGAUUCUAUUACUUUAUUUGUGGCACUCCUCUGCUCCUGCAUUGUGAUUGGUCAUCUUCUUGAGAAAAAUCGAUGGUUUAAUGAGUCGAUAACUGCACUUGCCAUCGGUCUUUGUACUGGUAUUAUUAUACUGUUUACCACUGAAGGAAGGAGAUCGCACAUUCUUGUUUUUAAUGAGGAGCUUUUCUUUAUAUAUCUUCUUCCUCCUAUCAUAUUCAAUGCUGGAUUCCAGGUUAAAAAGAAGCAAUUUUUCCGUAACUCUGUGAUGAUCAUUUUGUUUGGUGCUGUUGGAACUUUGAUAUCGUUUGUCAUCAUAUCCAUAGGUUCAAUGAAGUUAUUUAAGAAAUUGGAUGUUGGUUUCCUGGACUUCGGAGAUUAUCUUGCACUUGGAGCAAUCUUUUCGGCCACAGAUUCUGUUUGCACGUUGCAGGUGCUUAAUCAGGAUGAGACACCUCUUCUGUACAGUUUAGUGUUUGGUGAAGGUGUGGUAAAUGAUGCCACAUCAAUUGUACUUUUUAAUGCAAUUCAGAAAUUUGAUCUCUCUCACAUCACCUCAAGCAUUUUUAUGGAACUCAUGGGCAACUUCGUAUACCUUUUUACUACUAGCACAUUGCUAGGAGUAAUGGUUGGAUUAAUAAGUGCAUACAUCAUAAAGAAGUUGUACUUUGGCAGGCACUCUACUGAUCGUGAAGUUGCUCUCAUGAUUCUCAUGGCUUACCUUUCAUAUAUGAUGGCUGAAUUGUUCAAUUUGAGCAGCAUUCUUACAGUGUUCUUUUGCGGGAUUGUUAUGUCUCACUACACAUGGCACAAUGUGACUGAAAGUUCAAGAAUCACCACCAAGCAUGCUUUUGCAACAUUAUCUUUCAUAUCAGAGAUUUUCAUCUUCCUGUAUGUUGGUAUGGAUGCUUUGGAUAUUGAGAAGUGGAAAGUUGUUAGCAAAAGUCUUGGAAUAUCUGCUGGGGUGAGCUCAAUACUACUUGGCUUAGUUCUAAUUGGAAGGGCAGCUUCUGUAUUCCCUCUAUCCUUUAUAUCCAAUUUAAGUAAAGGGUCUCAGAGUGGUAAAGUUACGUUCAAGCAACAGGUUAUAAUAUGGUGGGCAGGUCUCAUGCGAGGUUCUGUGUCAAUGGCGCUUGCUUAUAAUCAGUUUACUAGAUCAGGCCAUACUCAAUUGCGCGGAAAUGCCAUUAUGAUAACUAGCACCAUCACAGUGGUUCUUUUUAGUACUGUGGUGUUCGGGUUAAUGACUAAGCCUCUAAUGAGACUGCUGUUGCCAAGAAAGCACCUUAGCAGCACUAUGUCUUCUGAAUCUUUUCUGUCUAAGCCAAUGAAUCUGCCACUUAUUGCCAAUGGGCAAACUGCAGAUUCUGAAAUGGGUGGUGACGACAUUCCCCGUCCAGCCAGCCUACGCAUGCUCCUUACUACCCCGGCUCAUACUGUCCACUACUACUGGCGGAAGUUCGAUGAUAGUGUCAUGCGUCCUGUGUUUGGUGGGAGAGGAUUUGCGCCAUGUACUCCUGGCUCACCAACAGAACCACUUCUUCACUGAUUGCAAUGCUGAAUAUUGAAAACAAUGGGAUUUGGAGGAUUGCUUCGUGUAAAUACGUGUGUGCAUGCACCCAUAUAUAUAUAUAU